CUUCCAGCCCCAGGAACAGCUUGGCCAGGAGCAGGACAUGAGCCUCCAGAGGGGACAGGGUGCUGCCAGUGUCCACCAGCAGCAGGAAGCUCAUCCCCAGUCCCUGGGCUGUGGCAGGAGCUGGACCGCCAGUGCCACAUGACCACGUGCCACCACCCCCUGCGUCACUGUCACCGCACUGGCACAGCCUCCAUGCGCGCAAAGGGAUGUGGCUCCUCGCAGGCUCGGCCGCUCUCCAGCAGCUUUUCCUGACCAUUCUCACGGCUUCAGAACCCCCUGGGAGCUCAGGUGCCUUCCCAGCUGCCAACCAAACUCCUGGAGAUCCUCCAGGUCCCAAAACAAGACCAUCCACACCCUGAGGAGGAGUUGAGCUGGAAGCCACAAGGGACAGAAUCCCAAACAUCAGUGCACGUGAUCCCAAGUCAAAGGAAGGUCACAAGGGGACAAUAAUCAACCAUCCAGGCAUGUCCUGUCAAGCGGGCUGGCGGGCAGCGGGGUGUCCUGGAACGAGAGCCAGCACUGCCGGCUGCUGGUGCCGGAGCUGCUGCAGCUGUGCCGCCGGCACCUGGAGGUGAUGCCCGGCAUCGUCCGGGCUGCCCGGCGGACCCAGGCGCUGUGCCAGCAGAGCUUCGCAGACAUGCGCUGGAACUGCUCCUCCAUCCAGCGUGCCCCCAGCUUCGGCCCCGACCUGCUCACAGGAACACGGGAAGCCGCCUUCGUGCACGCCCUGGCAGCGGCGGCCGCGGCGCAGGGCAUCGCCCGCUCCUGCGCCUCCGGAGAGCUCCCGCUGUGCUCCUGCGGCCCCGGGCCCGCCGAGCCCCCCGCGCCCGGCUCCCGCUGGGGCGGCUGCGGCGACAACCUGAGCCACGGGCUGCAGCUCGGAGCCGCCUUCACCGACGGCUCGGCCAGAGCCGGCACCGGGGGCACGCCCGGGCUCCGCGCCGUGAACCGGCACAACGGAGCCGUGGGGCGGGCGGUGCUCAGUGACUCCCUGGAUACCAGGUGUAAAUGCCACGGGGUGUCAGGCUCCUGCUCAGUGAAGACCUGCUGGAAAGGGCUGCCAGACCUGGGUGAAAUCGCCUCUGACCUCAAAUCCAGGUACCUGGCAGCCCUCAAGGUGAGCCAUCGGCUCGUGGGGCCCAGGAAGCAGCUGAUCCCCAAGGAAGGGGAUGCCAGGCCAGUGACAGAGAUGGAUCUGGUUUACCUCAUCAACUCUCCUGACUACUGCACCCCAAACCCCCAGCUGGGCUCUCUGGGGACACAGGACAGGCCGUGCAACAGGAGCUCUGUGGGCAGUGACAGCUGUGACCUGCUGUGCUGUGGCCGUGGCUACAACACCUACACGGAGGAGGUGCAGGAGCGCUGCCACUGCCGCUACCGCUGGUGCUGCUCCGUGGUGUGCAGGCGCUGCCGGCGCAGCCUGGAGAGACACGUCUGCAAAUGAGGAGGAGAACCUCUGCUGGCACCCACCAGGCACGGCUGGACACCAGGAGCCCAUCCCAAGGGAUGCCCCCAGCAAGGAGGAGGCUGUGCAGGAAGCCUGGUCUCUCAUGGAAAGCCUCAGACUGAGAGAUUUUGGGAAGCCUUCGAUCCCUUCCAACCCAGACCUCGGGGCAGGACAAAGAGCUGCCCUCCUGCAGCCGGGCCAGCCCUUUGUCUCCAGCUGGGAAAAGCCAUUGAUCACUCCACAGACCCCUUUCUCCAGAGGGAACGGAGACCCUGGGCUGCCAUUGUCCCUUUGCAGGAGGAUUCUGACAGCUGCCUGAAAGCCAGGAGUGAUAGAUGGAAGGGGGAUAGAUGGAUGGGACUGGGAGAAAGCUGCAGGGAUGGAACGCUGCUGCUUCGGGUGAGGGGGUCAUGGGCAUCCUUUGGGAACAGGAUUCUGCUGUGGGCUAAUCCAGGGUGCUUCUCCUCAGGGAGAACACUGCUCCAGGGCCCUUUGCAGCACCACAGUGGAGAUAUUUGCAGGGAGAUGGUGCUGCUCUUGUUGAAGGCAGAGACAUCAGGGAGAGGAGAGCUCCUGGGGGCUGCCAAAACUGGGCAGCCUGGCAAACCCACCCCUGACUGUGUGUUAACAACCCAGCCAUGGCAUCACUGUAGCUUCUGCCCCCAUGUCAGAGGUGGGAGCACACCCAAUACAUGAAAUUCUCAUGGCUUGUCCUUCCUGCCCCUCCUUCUGGCCCACUGAAGUCUUCAGCUCACUCCUUCCACCCUUAGGAUACCCUUUGGAAUUCUGGCCUGGAGAAGAGACACAACUCCAGGGCCUUGGGGAAGCAAGAAAUAACCUUUAUUUUCUGUACUUAAUGUAAGUGGGAUUCCAGUGUGUG